CAAAUUAACGUAUGAGUGAAAACUAAGUACAGGGAGUUCGGGAGUAGGAAAAGCUCGAUCCAUCCAAUCGCCACUUUACAGAAAAAGCCCGCCUAAAAGAGGAGGACUGAUAUCUUGUCUUCACACUUUUUGCAGAUGCAGAUUCAGCUUCUGUAGCACAUGAAUCAUGGACGGACAAAUAGGUACAAAAGUGUGUAUCUACUUGUAGGUAUUUGCUUCUACAUUUGGUUCUCUGUAUCCUCUCAUUUGCCGUGACAUGCUGCAAAACGCAUGAUUUAUUACUUCCAUUGACAAAGUUAGCGGAAUGCCCGCCAUUUUCAAAUAAUUAAUUAUUUUCGACGUUCUUCAGUAGGUUUUUUGGUCAAUGAGUUUGAGAUUUAUCAAUUUUGAGCUGGAAAAUUCGCCAGAUUGAGUACAAAUAAUGUACCUCUGCAAUUUGAGACCAAAAAUUGGAUAAGCAGUGUAUAAUUUGAGGCGAUAAUUGUUUUUGCUUUUUGAGGCAUUGAUUUAUUUAGAUUUGUAACGGUCGAGGCAUACUGGAGUAGAGCAUUUAUUACCCAGUUCUAAUAGAUGGGCGAAUCUGUAAGCGUUUAUCUUAGCAUUUCGCCUUUAGGCCGAACAUGCAAGGAAAUUAGCUAAAUGAGAUUUGUAUUAAAGUGAUUGAUUCAUUGGCUCACGUACAUUUGUUAAAUUUUAUAAAGAAAUGGCUAGUAAAGGAUUCUGAAUAGACGUAGAGAAUAAUUACUGAGAGUGGAGGAUCAGGCAACUAUGAUUCUAUCUUAUCAGUUGAGAUUUUUGGUGGAGUGAAAGCUGCAGGGUGAGGGAAAAUGGAAGAGCAAAUAAACCAGGGUGAUCUACUAGGACAUGUAGUGAGGCCUCCAUCGUUGAGGGCCAGUAGCAGUUUGAAGGCAACAUUGUCAGGCAGGUUGACUCCUCGGAGCUCUCCGUCCUUCCGGAGGUCUCAGUCCAGCAGGACUCCAAGGAAAGAUGCUAGGAUAUAUUUAAGUCCUUUACAGUGGUUGCGGGGACAGCGUCUGCUGCCAUGGUUGGUGGUGAUUGGGAUAUGGAGCUACUUGGGGUUUCAUGUACAGUCAAAAUGGGCUCACAGUGGAGCCAAUGACGAAAACCAAGGGCUUACUGCCUUUGGAUCAAGAGUUGAAGUUGAUCAGGAUUUGAGAAGCCAUGUUUCGGUUGAUGAAAUAAAAUAUCAGAUAUCAGUUAUUCAAUCCAAUACUUCAGGAAAAGAACAAGGUAAUGACGUGUUUAAGAAGCCUGAGAAUGGGCGUCAGUCUCCAGUGAGGCUGAAAAAAUGGUUUUGGGAGGGAAACCGAGGACAAGAACAGGGAAAACUAGGAAAUGAUCUGCAACAGAAGAGAAGCCAAACUUUAGGAAACAGUUCUAGUUCUUCAAUUUAUGAAGUCCAUGGUUUUAAGGGUGCUGCAGAAUCCCCUCCACAUCGUAUUUCUCGAGAGAAUGUAGUAACAGAGAGAACUCAUAAUACAAAUGAUCCUCAAGUCAAUGAUGCAACAGGUGUUGAAGGAAAUAAUAAAACACCGACGAAUAUCAUAAGUGGAACAGAGCAAAUGGAUGUGAAAGUCAAAAGAAAUACUUCUCUUGGCCUUCUUGUUGGGCCUUUUGAUAAAAUGGAAAACAAAGUUUUGGGAUGGAAUUCUGGGAAACGCUACGGCACAUGUAAUAGAAAAGGCUUAUUUGCAAAUACUGCAAGGGGAAGAUCAUUCAUUCUUGUGCUGCAUGAACUCUCGAUGACAGGUGCGCCCCUUGCCAUGAUGGAACUAGCAGCAGAAAUUUUGAGCUGUGGAGGGAGGGUGUCUGUGGUAGCAUUGAGCAGGAAAGGUGGUCUUAUAGGGGAGCUUAACAGGCGAGGCAUAAAGUUGUUGAAAGACAAAUCAGUCCAAAGUUACAGGGAAGCUAUGAAGUCCGAUCUUGUUAUUGCUGGCUCUGCUGUUUCUGCAUCGUGGAUAGAGCAGUAUCUUCUUCAUUAUAAAAGGAGUUCAGAUCGAUUGAUUUGGUGGAUCAUGGAAAACCGACGUGAAUAUUUUGAUCGCUCCAAAAAUAUGCUGCACAAGGUAAAAGCAUUGCUGUUCCUAUCAGAGUCACAAUCUCAGCAAUGGUUGACAUGGUGUGCACAAGAAGGCAUCAAAUUGCCUCCCAUAUUAGAAGUGGUCCCACUUUCUGUGAAUGAUGAACUUGCCUUUGUAGCAGGAUUACAAACCGCCUUAAAUAGUCCAUUAUUUAGUACUGAAACAAUGUUGGAGAAAAGGAGAGCUCUGCGAGAAAAAGUCAGAAGUAGUAUGGGCUUGGAUUCUAAUGAUAUGCUUGUGAUGACUCUUAGUAGCAUCAAUCCAGGAAAAGGUCAGUUGAUACUACUCAAGGCAGCCUUGAUGAUAGCUGAUGAGAAUUUCAUCCCAAAGAUCAAUCCAGAGCAUGUAGGGGCAACAAAAGCUUCCCAGAAUGCUUUAGGAGGUGCAGAUACUAUUGUGAAGAGCAAAGGGAAUUUCAGGGUUUUGUCUGAGUUUUCUGACAUUAUCGAAGGAGGGGGAAGUCAUUCAAGCAAAUCCAUUGCAAUAGGAACAAGAAGGAAUCAAUCAACUGCAUCGAAUUCAACACUGUCCAAUCAUUUAGAUUCCUCUCAUACAAGAAUUCUUGACAGGGAGCAGUGGCAGGUCAGAAAACUCUCAUCCAAUUCUGAAAGAAAUGAGAAUCAAACACUUAAGCUGUUGAUUGGUUCUGUUGGAUCAAAGAGCAAUAAGGUUCUCUAUAUCAAGAGUAUGUUAGGAUUAAUAGCUCAUUAUAUCAAGCUGGCAAGCUUGAUGUUGUGGACUCCUGCAACAAUUCAUGUGGCACCAUUAUAUGCUGCAGCUGAUGUGUAUGUAAUAAAUGCACAGGGUAUUGGAGAGACAUUUGGAAGAGUGACUAUUGAAGCCAUGGCUUUUGGCCUUCCUGUUCUAGGCACAGAAGCAGGAGGAACAAAGGAGAUUGUUGAGGAAAAUAUUACUGGUCUUCUUCAUCCUGUUGGACAGAAAGGAGUGCAGAUCCUUUCCCAGAAUAUCCGUUUUCUUCUGGACAACCAAUCUGUAAGGGAGGAAAUGGGCCGUAAAGGGAGAGAGAAAGUAGAGAAAUUAUAUCUCAAGCAUCACAUGUAUGAUAGACUUGCUGAAAUUCUUCAAAAAUGUUUGAUAUAUACAUGAUCUUCCCUCUUAGUUUGUACCCGAAAAUCAAGAACUUCGUUGUCGAGGAUCGAAAAGCUUAUCUCAUGAGUUUCUGUUGAAGAUAAGUUCUGCUGCAAUAUCUAACCAAGACAGUUCUCAAGUUUUCUCUCUAGAAACUUUUGGUAAGUUUAUAAUUAUUACAGAUUGUGUUCCAUUUCAUUUUUUUUGGAAGAAUUUACUUGGGUUUUUUUUCAGAUAGCGCUUUGUAGCAGGAUUGAAAUAACCCUACAUUGCAAUCACUGCAAUUCCAGUUAUUUGCUUUGGGCGUGUCCAGGUGUAUGCCAUAAUUCUUCGAGCUAUCAUAAAUUUGAUCUCAAAUUAUGAAUUCUUGUUUUAAAUUUCUGGCAACAAGCACAGCAACUCUAAUUUUUUCUGAUGUUAUUGAUGUUGUAUGCGGUGCUUUCCAUCUUCCCUUUUAUUGCCUCAAGGGUUUAUACUGACUUUGAUGAAAGUAUCAAAUACCUGAUCGAAUUUUUCAUGGGACUUCAGGCCGACUUUAGAUUGUACAUUUAUAUUUUAAUUUUAUGUAAAUGCUCUAUAUCUCCUUUUGACUA